AGGGACAAAAGCCUCUCCUCCGACAGGGGCCUUUCCCCCAACAACAGCGGCCAAGACUCCACGGACACGGACAGCAACCACGAGGAGCGGCAGAAUCCCGCCUUCCACCCGAGCCAGGCCCUGCCCGCCCAGCCCCGCAACGGCCUCCAGGCCCUGAAGGAUUUCCCCAGGCCCUACGACAUCAUCAAGCCGCCCCCCAUCUGCCCACGCGACACCUUUAAGGUCAUCAACAAGGAAGGGGAAGCCAUGGGGGUGUACCGGUGCGACCACUGCCGGGUGCUGUUCUUGGAUUACGUGAUGUUCACCAUCCACAUGGGCUGCCACGGGUUCCGCGACCCCUUCGAGUGCAACGUCUGCGGGUACCGCGGCCACGACCGCUACGAGUUCUCCUCCCACAUCGCCCGGGGGGAGCACAGGGUCGUGCUCAAAUAA